AUGCCGUCCCGCCUCAAGAAGGGUUUCUUCGAGCGCGCCGGCGAGCGCCAGGAGAGGCUGAUCCGCCGGUACGAGGAGCACAUGGCCAAGGCGGCGAGGUGCGGGGACUGCGGGAAGCUCCGCGAGGCCGCCCCGGACCUGUGGGCGUUCGACGACAUAAACGACCCUGACUGGUACGCGCGCGAGCUCGCCGAGGAGGAGGCGGAUCGGACGCGGCGAAGGGAGGCGGGGGAGGAGGUGAGCGACGACGAGGACGUGGUAUGCCCGGGGUGCGAGGCGGAGAAGAGGGGCGAGAAGGGGGUGCCGCACGUGGGCGACGACUUCAACGUGCCCCCCAACAAGCCGGAGGAGAAGGCUGCGAACAGGUUCGACUUUAACAAGAUGGAGCAGAACCUCCGCCCGGAGUUGAAAGAACCCCUGGAGCAGCUCAUGAGGGACCUGCAGAUCAUUCGCGAGCAGCAGCAACUGAUACGGGAGGAUGAGGAGAAGGAGAUAGAGGAGGAGCAGAAGGACUGGCCGGAGGAUAAGCGCGCGGCGUGGAGAGCGGAACUCCAAGAGUACAGGGACAAACACAUGGCCAUCGCGUUCGGGGAUGACACCGAGGGACGCGAGCCGAUCGUGCACCCGACGACCGGGGAGACCAUCCACGUCGCCGACCUUGACGGCAUCGGGCAGUUCCUGAAGAAGAUGUACUCCGAGGAGGUGCCGGAGCCGUUCAGGUGGCCAAAGUACAUGUGA